CUAUCCAUGAAGGAGGUCGGAGACGGGCUGCACGAGCAGAUGAACUGCAUGAUGGGUGCACUGCAGGAGCUGAAACUCCUCCAGGUCCAGACAGCUUUGGAGCAGUUGGACAUCUCAGGGACCCGAAGCACCGUUUCUGGCACCGAGCAGCACCAGCGCUGCCGAAGCAGCAGAGAUGUGCCCGGGGCCCGGCAGGACGAGCGGCCGCGGGGGGAGGCAUCAGUGGAGGAGCGGAGCCCCACGUCCUUCGCGUGUGCUGUGCCACGGCCGGUGGGUUUGUCCCGUCCCGCUGUGCUCCCGGAGGGCGGCCACCUUAGAGAGACCCUCUCCUCCUUCAGGAGCAUCGCUGGGAACUGGUUGGAUCUGCCGGAGCUGGAUAAGAAGGGGGAGAAGAGCGAGGCAUCCCUGUCCAUGAGCAGAUCCCAGGAGCUCUGCAGGAAGUUCUCCCUCACAGCCAACAUCUUCAAGAAGUUCCUGAGGAGUGUUCGGCCAGACCGAGACAGGCUUCUCAAGGAGAAACCUUGCUGGCUUCCACCUGAAGACGCACAGCCCGAAAUUUCUAAGAGACCCAAAAAGAUGAACAAACUCAAGGGGACAUUUUACUUCCCACUUCAUGGGAACAUCCAGAGCCAUCACAGCAAAGCAGAGAGGCGCCCAAAGGCGGAAAGCAAUAGCAAGAAAACCCAGAUUGGCACCAAGCAAGUCCACAAGACCAUAGACUACACCCAGUCCGGGUUUGACAUCAAUACAGCUGUUUGGGUCUGA